CAUUAACCAUAAAAAUAAGUUCGGAACCUUUCACAAAAAAAAAACUUUUAGAUAAUAGAACAUUAAACAUUUAAUCUUUUUAGAGUUUUCUGUGAAAUAUUGAAUUAUAAAUAUUACUAUUUUAGACUAUGUCGUAUUUUCGUAUGAUCUCGAAACUACCCAGUUCCGGACACCAGUAUAUUAAUUAUCAAUAAUUGUCAGCGACCGUGCGUCCGUGCUUUCAAAUUUUAUUGUCGCAUCUGCAUCAAACGAUCAAACUCGUGGGUAAAAAUUAUUGACUUGUGUCGCUGUCGUACAUUUUGUGUUUAAAUCCAUAGUAAAUAUCCGACUUUCGUUGUCACAACAAUCAAUUAAAUCGAUUGAUAAAAAUACAAUAACAUCAUUCAUAACCCAUCCAUUAAACUCGGAUAUCACUACAUAGUGCGUCAGAAAUUAAAUUUUUUGUAAACGAGAGAACGGUAGUCCGUUUGAAAUUCCCCUUAGGAUCGUCGGGAUUUCGACGACAUGUCUGUCAAGUAUGUCUUGGUGUCUGACGAAGAAUAUGGUGAAGCGGUCGAACUGCCACUUGAGGACAAUGGUACAUUACUGCUGUCUACGUUAACGGCCCAGUUUCCAGGGGCUAGUGGUCUUAAGUUUCGCACUGAAAACAAUGUUGUCAGAGGCGUUCGGUUGGCUGACUUCCGAUUCCAUGUGCCUGACAACGAAUGGGGAAAGACACCUUACUACUGUGUUUUCCCUAAAGUUGAAAAUAAGCGAAAGAUUGAUGAUAGUGUAGAAAAUCCAACUGCUAAAACCAAGAGAUUAGAGACAAAAUUGAAAUGUUCAGACUUAGUUGUCUUAAAUAUACCAUACACUUAUGAUGAACAAAAAUUAAAAGAAUACUUUGGUCAAUUUGGAGAACUACUUAUGUUACAGAUAAAAAGGGAUAAAAAUGGACAAUCUAGAGGAUAUGGAUUUUUAAGAUAUACUAACUUAGAAUCACAAGUAAGAGUUCUUUCUCAGCGUCACAAGAUUGAUGGUCGUAAUUGUGAAGUUAAGGUUCCAAAGUCUAAGGAAGGUAAUGGUUCAGAGCUUUCUGGAAAAGUAUUUGUGGGUCGUGUGACAGAAGAUUUAACAGCUGAUGACAUUCGUGAGUAUUUCAGCAAAUUUGGAGAAGUCAUCAAUGUGUUUGUACCCAAAAAUCCAUUCCGCGGAUUUGCAUUUGUAACUUUCCUUGAUCCUGAGGUAGCUGCUAGUUUAUGUGGAGAAGAUCAUAUCGUUAAAGAUGUUUCGGUGCGUGUUUCCGAAGCCGCCCCAAAACCACAAGCUCCCAAAAAUCGUCAUCAAACUCCCCCACCUAGUGAACCCUGGGAGCGUUCUAAUAAUCGCCAUAAUGACAAUUAUCGAAAUUGGUAUCACUCACAACAUGAUAAUCGGGGGAGUGUAGACAUGCCUAAUCUACAGUCGUUGGGGAUUAAUGGUCAAGACAGCUAUAACCCAAUGUUGCCUUUGAGCCCAGCUAUUGUUGCUGCUGCAUUAACGCAAGCUGCUGGAUGGAGUCUAGCUAAUGGUCGUAUGAUGCCACCACCACCGCCUCCUAGUGGAAACAAUCAAUGGUCUCAACAUGGUCUCAACUCUCAACGAAAUAACUAUAAUAACAGGAAACGUUCUAAUAAUGAUUACAAUUCAUCAGGCAAUCGCUAAAAAAGAUAAUGGUAAUAUAAUACAAAGUUAAAUGAAUAAUAUCAAUAACAAUUUAUUUACUAUCCUUAAACCAUACCAGUUUUUCUAACGUAUUCAAUAUGUACAUUGUACAUACAUGAUUAUUACAAAUAAAAAAAAUUAAAUGGCUUAUGUUUUGUAGUUACAAUUUUGUUCCAGUUGAAAUGUUAUUAGAAUAAUGAUUAAUUUUAUUAAAAUACAACUUGUUUUGAUACAGAAUGUGGCAUAGCAAAAAAAAAAAAAAAAACCUUAUUUACUGGACAAAUUAACUUAUUAAUCAAAAUUUAAAAAGUAGAUUCACAUUACACGCAUAUGAAUAGGUAUAUGUAAAAACCAUUUUUUUAUGCAUCAGAGUAUGUAUUAAAUAUAUACUUAUAGGUACUUGUGUAUUCUUUGUUUAUAAAUCUAUUUAUUGUUACUACUAUAUAAUUGUUAAUUUAAGGAUUAUCUUAAUAUUAAUAGAAUGCAUAUUUAAAUUAUUAAUUAUCCCUUGGUGGUACGAAUGAACUUACAAAUGGUAUGAACGUAUUUGUAUGACAUUAUUUGAUUGGAAAUUAUACUAUCUCAUUAAAACAUUUAAUAAUUGUGUUUUACUUUGUGCCUGAACACAUGGUAAUACAAUAUUAUAUACAGAAAAAAAAAAUAGUUAUACUUUCAAUAGAAGUUUUAUUAUGUGUCUGUAUGUCUACUGUAUAGACUGGAUUCUUUUUGUAACGCAAUGAAAAUAUGGAUGGUAUUAUGGCUUUCAAUAUCCACAAUACAGUUAUUUUACCUUACAUAAUUAUUAAUUGUACUACCAGCUAAUUUUUUUUUAAUAUUCAAGUGUCAUGUACUUCUACGUUUUCUGACAAUUGAAAAAUAUUUGUUAUUUUCUUAUAUCUAAAUUUGCUAUUAGUUUUCAAUAAAAUUAUGUUAUAUUAUAUUAUACUAUAUUAUAUUAUAUUAUAUUAUACAGUCGUAAAAAUAUUUUAACCAAACCUAUUUGAAAAUAAAAUGAAGUCUUAAAAUACAAUGUCAUAAUAUAUGUAUAAUGUAUAUAUAUAUUUAUUUGUUUGUCUUUCCCAAUAGUUGACUGUAUCAAUGUUUUCUAUAAUAACAUGUAUGCAUAAAAUAUAAUCAACUUCCAAAAUAUUGAUUCUGGUUGGUUAUUUGGUCAAUUAGUUAUACUACUAAUAUUUGACUUAUGUUUAAUUUAUUUAAAACAAAAUUAUAAAUAUGAUGGUUUUUAUCUUUCAUUUGAAUAAAAUUACAUUAUAACAGUUAUUAUUCUAAUAAAAUCUAAUACACAAUUGAAAAUCAAUAAUAUACAGUUUGAGUCAGAGUAUUUUAUUUCAUUCAUGUUUUUAGUAUAUCUCAAUUACAGUGAUAAUUGUUAAUUUAAAAAAAAAACGUGUUCAUUGGGUAUGAAGUAUGUUAUUUAGCAUGAUUGCCAUAAUCCUCCUUGUAUAUAUAAUUAUUUCGAGUCUGACUGAAUGAACGAUAAUUUAAUUGUGAUUGUUAUCAUUAUUGUCAUAGACUAUUUUGUCUGCCGGCAAUGAAUAAGUUGUUUCAUUUUAACCUUUUUUAAAUGUAUGCAAAAUUAUCUGCCUGUAUGGAGUGCUCGGUUUAAACUUUAAACAUUGAGUUAAAUAUGUCUUACGAUGUCAAAGUGGAGUAAUGUGAUAAUUAUUUGUUGCUGAAAAUAUAAAAUUGAAAUGAAAUUCGGUCUAUAAUAUUGUCGAAUAGCUGUCAAUCUGUGUCCGUGAAUGUAUUCAGCAAACGGAACAUCUUCAAUGUUUUGUAAGUAUGUAUGUUUUCAUGUGUGUUAACUCAGAUUCUCGAUUAUGUAUAAUUUUUGUUUUGUUUAUUUUACCAGCAUGUAUUUUUUAUUUUUAUCCUGUUUAUAUAGUUGAGCAUUGAAAUAUAUUGGACAUAUUGAUCAGCUUACAUGUAAAUUAAUUAUGAUUUGUUCUGUUUGGUUUACAAAUAGGUAUUUUUUUAUUUAUCCAAUGCAAAACCAUUUUUAUACAAGUAUUAUUAUUAUUAUAAUUUAAAAUUGUAUAAAUCAUGUUUUGUUUAUUAGUUAGUAUAGUUAAUGUUAUUAAUUCAUUUCAGCAUUACGUGUGAAAUUUACCAAAUGUAUCUGACAGCCAAAUUUUAUCAAACAAAUGGUUAUUCAAUAAAAACUGAAAAAUGCCUCGAAGAAGUAGAAUCCAACAAGAAAUGCCUUUGAAUUGAAAGAAUAGUUAUUGUAACCAAAAAUCCUUGCUAAUAACAUUUUAUGAAAGGAUGUAAGAUUAUUCAAAGAGCAACAACAACAAAUCGUCCCGAGCGAGGGAUAAGUUCAAGGCACUAGCAAGCAGAUAUUCUUUUGUGGAUUAUGGACAAAACUGAGAGAAUAAUUGUAUGAUACAGGAACGAUGCAUUGCUAGAAUGAAAAAAAAAGGUUUGGAAGGCCUUGUAACUGUAUUGAACUGUACAAGUUAUUUUUUGUUUUUGUUUUGUGAGAGACAUUAUAAUUCAUAAUAUAUAAUAAGUUAAAUAUUUGUUUGACUUCUAUUAUUUGAAUUUUCUACUGUUCUUCAAUCCAUUCUACUAAAAAAUUAAAUAUCACUGUAACUAUCAUGUUUGCAAUAGACGGAAUAUGGAUC